AUGCAUUUUGAUAGGACUUUUGUUCGUAGUUCCGUGCUCGAAACGCUAAAGUGUCCUGAAACCAGUACAGAUGCUUCCCCCAAUCUUAAUGACCUCAAUCUUUCUGGCCAAGAGGUACGGAAUUUUUAUGAAUCACUUACACAAUGUGUAACUGAAAAACAAAAAAAUUCGUCACUUGAUCCACAUUUUUAUCACUGUUCCGUAUGUGGUGGCUCUUUUAAUGAUUUUAAACAGCAUGUUUCAUCGAUUGGUCAUCAAGUAGCUGAAAUAUCAAAAAAAGGUUCAAAACCAUCACCAUUGCUAAUUCCCCCCUCAAACAAAGGUUAUCAACUCCUAACUAGGAUAGGUUGGCGUGAUGCUGCCCUCGAUCCAGAAUAUGAAGAACUGAAGACUUCGGAAAUUCUGCUUACUGGUUCAACUAACGAGUCUAAAGCACAUUCCUGCAACAAAGACGGUGGUUUAGGUGCUUCUAGACAAGGUCGACGCUUCCCUGUGGCAACUGUUUUAAAACGUGAUCGUCUUGGUUUUGGAUGGCCAAAUAGAACAAAUACUUCAAGAAUUACACAUUUCAACCCAGGUGAUUUCAGAGCAGUUGAACACCCUAAAGACGUAAAACGAUUUUGUCACUCAUCCAUUAAAAUGGAUUCAAAAUAUUUGAUAAGAAAAAUGAAUUCAGAGAAGAAAAAGGAACGUAUUAUAAGACAAGGAUUUAAUUUGACUGAUGAACAGUUAGCUUUGCUUUAUGAAAAAUAA